UAUGGCGGUUGGAUCGGACUUAAAGAACUCAGCUAGUUAGGAUAGUUUUUUUACUUCCCUGUUAUCAUUGUAUUCACUUAUUCUAAUACCUUCCUCUAACAGAAGUAUCAGAUAAUAAUGAGAAAAGGAAAAGGAGGUAAGAAAAGCAAAAAGACAGGGAAAGCUGCCAGUAAAAAUGUUCCCACGAGAAACGUGCAUGUAGACGAUGAGAUAGUUGAAGAAGACGACGAACUUGACCCUGAAGACUUGGAGUAUUUUCAAGAUUCCGAUAGGAGUUUUGCUUUUUUGCAACAAGUGGAAGCAGAAGUCCCAAGUAGUGGAAAGAAAAGGAAAAGAAAGCAAACUGCUAAUGAGGAAAGAGAGGCUGAUUAUGAGAAGAGGCCUAGGACAGCAACACUGGAGCAGGAUCACAUGGAAAGAGCUCUAUUACCAAUCAAAAAUAAAGAUAGCAUUAUACACAGAAAAGAGAAGAUUCUCAAAACAGAUCAUUCUCUUCAAAAUGGGAAUGUGGAUUCAGAAGAACAAGCUUCAGAAGUGUCACCAGUCCCUUCAGCUCCUCCACCUGUUUUAAGUAUGGUUGAACUCUUUAAUCAAAGACGACAGAAGCUUAUCCAAAGAAAACUUAGGAUUGCUGAGUUGUCAAACAGCAUUCUGGAAAACCCUGAAAGCAGUGUAUCAGAGCUCCAGGAGCUUUGUUCCAUGUGUAAUGAAAAAGAGACAGAUAUCAGAAUAACAACCAAAAAGCUGGCAAUGGUGUCUUUAUUAACAGUGUUCAAAGAUAUCAUACCUGGAUAUCCAAUUCGGACAGCCUCACAGAAAGAACAAGGUGUGAAGCUAUCCAAAGAGGUGAAAAAACUGAGAGGUUAUGAGGAAGGGCUGUUAAAAAACUAUCAAAAAUACCUACAGAUUUUGGAAGAAACUGUACAAGAGUGUGUUAAAACUCAGAAAAUAAGUUCUAAAAAUGGAUUGGUGGACAAAAAAACUUCAUCUGAGAGUUUGAUGCUUGUAACAGUCCAGUGUAUGUGUGAUCUCCUAACAUCUGUGCCUCACUUCAAUUUCCACACAAACCUUAUUGCAGUACUUGUACCCAGAAUGAAUGAAAAAUCUCUUGAUGGCAAGAUUUCAAAGUUAUGCUGCAAUGCUUUUAUUUCAUUGUUUAAACAAGAUUCAGUAGGAACUGUUUCACUUGAGGCUGUCCGAGUGAUCAGUAAAUUUGUAAAGAGUAAAGGAUUUAGAGUUCAACCUGGUGUUUUAGAAACACUACUUCAUUUGAGAAUAAGUCAGGUAGAUAUCCAGUCGCUUAAACAGCACAAUGAGACGAAAUCAGCAGUCGAACUGAAAAUUGAGAAAAACAAGAAUAGAAUGGAGAAGAAGUUAAAAGGAAAGAUUUCAAAGAAAGAGAAAAAGAGAAAGAGAGAGAUGAAAAAGUUAGAGAAAGAAAUGCAAGAAACUGAAGCUGUUGAAAGUCAACAGAAACGAGCCAAGUUGCAAACAGAGAUCCUCAAGUUCGUGUUUGUGACGUAUUUCCGAGUAUUAAAGACAGUUGGACACUCGCCAGUCUUAUCCCCUGUACUCGAGGGACUCGCCAAGUUUGCGCACCUUAUCAAUGUGGACUUUUUUAAUGAUCUUAUGGGAGCUCUUCAUACACUUCUAAACAACAAGGAACUCACUCUGAGGGAAACUCUCAACUGUGUACUCACUGCUUUUAAAAUUCUAUCGGGCCAAGGGGAAGCUCUGAACAUUGAUCCUCGAGAGUUCUACAGAAUGUUGUACUCGUCACUUCUGCAAAUUCAUGCAGGCGGUAGCAGUCAAGAUGUUCCAGUAGCACUGCAGUGUCUGGAGGAAAUGCUAAAGAAGCGACGCAAGCAGGUUCCUACUCAGCGGGUGGCUGGAUUUGUGAAGCGCCUCUGUACAGUAAGCUUACAGUCUGAAGCCAACAGUUCAAUGGCUUUUCUCGCCUACGUUAAGUCAUUUCUUCAGUCUCACACAAAAGCGCAAGCCCUACUUGACAGUGAAAGCAUGGGCACUGGUGUGUUUAGACCUGACGUAAAUGAUCCAGAGCUCAGCAAUGCAGACAGUACGACCGUUUGGGAAUUGGCUUUUUUGGGAACUGGGCACUUCCAUCCAGCUGUUCGCUCGGUGGCCCAUCAUGUUGCGGAAGGAGCGCCGAGUAAAGUCUCCGGCUCUUCUAUGAUGAGGAUGUCACCCAACGAUUUCUGGACAAAGUAUGACCCAUCCGAUAUGAAACUUAAUCCUGAUUUAAAAGAGGGUGCACUGAACAGGAAAGGAAUCAACUUAAAAAGGAUAAAACACAUGGAAAAUGAAGAAUUAAAAAACUACGAUAUGGUAUCAGCGGUUAAAGAAGCGCUGGACUUUACUAAAGCUAGUUGUGGAUUAAAAUUCUCUUUACCAAAGCUAAACGCUGACAGGUAGCAUCAAUAGAUGUCAGGACUUAAUUUCAUUUAAAUCAUCGGCGCAGGUCGGGAAAUAAUCAGGAAUCUAUUUCAUUCAAGUCAGCGAGAUAGGAUUUUGAGGAAAAGCUAUGGAAAAUUAACAUUUAAAUACUGUCUCAGUAACAUUUUCUGUCUUCAUCCAUUUUAAACCAACCACAGCAGAAUAUCGCGUUUAGUGAGUGACACGUGAACUGUCGAAACUUAUCGCCAAAUAAAGCUUAAGCAAUGUACAGUAACAGCAUCACGAUGUAUUAAAACAGGUGAC